AUGCCUCAGGAACAGUACACACACCACCGGAGCACCAUGCCCAGCUCCGAGGGGCCACAGGUGUACAAAGUGGGGAUUUACGGCUGGCGGAAAAGAUGCCUGUAUUUCUUUGUCCUGCUGCUGAUGAUUUUAAUACUGGUCAACUUGGCCAUGACCAUCUGGAUUCUCAAAGUCAUGAACUUCACAAUUGAUGGAAUGGGAAACUUGAGAAUCACAGAAAAAGGUCUAAAGUUAGAAGGAGACUCAGAAUUCUUGCAACCUCUCUACGCCAAAGAAAUCCAGUCCCGACCGGGUAAUGCCCUAUACUUCAAAUCAGCCAGAAACGUGACAGUGAACAUUCUCAAUGACCAGACUAAAGUGCUAACUCGGCUGAUAACAGGUCCAAAAGCUGUAGAAGCCUACGGCCAAAGGUUUGAAGUAAAGACAGUUUCUGGAAAAUUGCUCUUCUCUGCAGAUAACAAUGAAGUAGUCGUUGGAGCUGAGAGAUUGCGAGUUUUAGGAGCAGAGGGCACCGUGUUCCCCAAAUCAAUAGAGACACCUAACGUCAGGGCAGAGCCCUUCAAGGAACUAAGGUUGGAGUCCCCAACCCGGUCUCUGGUGAUGGAGGCCCCAAAAGGAGUAGAAAUAAAUGCAGAAGCCGGCAAUCUGGAAGCCACCUGCAGGACAGAGCUGAGACUGGAGUCCAAAGAUGGAGAGAUUAAGUUAGAUGCUGCGAAAAUCAAACUACCUAGGCUGCCUCACGGAUCCUACACACCCACAGGAACGAGGCAGAAGGUCUUCGAGCUCUGCGUCUGCGCCAAUGGGAGACUAUUCCUGUCCCAGGCAGGAACCGGUUCCACUUGUCAGAUAAAUACAAGUGUCUGCCUUUGA